CUAUUUUGAUUUUUGGUCUGAACUCGUGGAACCCUUUUUAAAAAUAAAAUUAAAACUUGUAAAGAAAUUCAUAAAAGUAAAUUUCAAUUAUUGAACUAUUUAAUACCUUUACACUUACAUUAAUGCGUGCGACAUAACUUUUAUUAUAUUCAUAAUUUCAUCGUUGUUUUCUAUUGAGAAGUAAAAUUUUCACAAUGGUACAAUAUGAUGAAAACUUGCUGUCGGACAUGUUACCGAUAUAUUAUUCUCGGCUCUUUCCACAGAGUCUCUUUUGUAGGUGGUUAUCAUGUGGAAAUUAUCCACAACCACUCGCCAAUAGGGAAUUAUCAUUUACUUUAGCAGAAGAUAUUUAUUUAAGAUAUCUAUCUAUAAACAAUCAGAAAGAAUUACAAACAUUAUUCCAAAAAAAAUGUCCAUACAAAUUAGAUAUUGGCCCUGUAUACAAUACUAAACCAUCCAUAGGUCGGCAUGAUGCCAUUGUUCUGGCUAGAGAGCUUGUAUUUGAUAUAGAUCUAACAGAUUAUGAUGAAGUAAGAACAUGUUGUCAAGAAGCAAAUGUAUGUGAUAAGUGUUGGAGAUUCAUGAUAGUAGCAUGUGAAAUAAUUAAUGUCACUUUAAAAGAUGAUUUUGGUUUCCAACACAUAUUGUGGGUUUUUUCUGGUAGACGAGGUAUUCAUUGUUGGGUGUCUGACUAUGAAGCCAGGAUAUUAGAUAGUCCAGGUAGAGCUGCAGUUGCAGAUUAUAUGUGCCUUAUAACAGGUGGCGAUAAUCAACAUAAAAAAGUUCAUUUGGGAAAUGAUAAUUUGCAUUCUAGUAUUAAGAGAUCAGUCAAUAUAAUUGAUAAAUAUUUUAGCAACAUCAUGGAAGAACAAGAGUUCUUAUCAACAGUAGAAAGAGUAAGCAGCUUUGUAAAAAUUAUUCCAGAUGAAACACUAAGAAAACAAGUGGAGGAGGCAUUAAACAAAUUGCCAGCAUCGUCACCAGAAAGAUGGGAAACAUUUGUAAAUCUUUAUCAUCAACAUUGUAAACAAAAUGGAAGUGCUAUGCGAAAGAUGAAGUACUUAAUAGAGGAGAUGAAAAUUCAGUAUUGCUAUCCAAGACUCGAUGUCAAUGUAACCAAAGGGUUUAAUCAUUUACUAAAAUCACCAUUUAGCAUACAUCCAAAGACUGGAAAAGUAUCUGUUGUAUUUAAACCCGAAAAUGCAAAAAAUAUGAAAUUGAAUGACAUUCCCACAAUCAAUACUUUACUCGAUGAUAGUUCAAAAGAAAACGCGCAACAUUUAGCAAACAUGAGAACUGCUACAAAGAAUUUUCAAGAAGUUGUAUUUACUUUGGAAAAAACUGAAGCAAUGAGGAGGAAAAAUGAAGCGAGUGCAUCUAUUGAUUUUUGAAAUGGAAAUAAUCAGAGGAAAAAUGAAAAAUGUGGCUUCUCUUGUAUUUUUAUUAAUAAAAAAUGCGCAUAAAAUAUAUCUUUAUUAUAAUUUUCUGUAAUUGUUCAGAUCUAUUCAUCAUGUACGUCUUAUUAUGUCCUUAUCUUUAAAGAUCUCAAGA